CUGUUCUACUAAAAACCGGAAGUGAAUGGCCGACUUUUGAGUUCUGUGAGUGAGCGCCAAAACCGGUUUGAACUGCUUUAUUCAUUUGUCCGCCAUUUCAAGUACGUCACGUUAGAAGGAAUCAAGAAAUGGCUUGCGAAACUGUACCAACGUUCAAGUUGGUGCUUGUUGGAGAUGGAGGUGUUGGGAAAACAACAUUUGUUAAACGUCACAAGACUGGAGAGUUUGAAAAGAAAUAUGUUGCAACACUUGGUGUAGAAGUUCAUCCUUUAAUGUUUCACACAAAUAGAGGCCAAAUCAAAUUUAAUGUGUGGGACACUGCUGGGCAGGAAAAGUUUGGUGGUCUGCGUGAUGGCUACUAUAUUCAAGGUCAGUGUGCCAUCAUCAUGUUUGAUGUGACAUCACGUGUAACAUACAAGAAUGUGCCCAAUUGGCAUAGAGAUCUUGUUCGUGUCUGCGAAAACAUACCAAUUGUCCUAUGUGGCAACAAGGUAGACAUCAAGGACAGAAAGGUCAAAGCCAAGACAAUAGUCUUUCACAGGAAAAAGAACUUGCAGUACUAUGACAUCAGUGCCAAGAGCAAUUACAACUUUGAGAAGCCAUUCCUGUGGCUGGCCCGAAAAUUGGUUGGUGAUCCAAACCUUGAAUUUGUUGAAAUGCCAGCUCUAGUGCCUCCAGAGGUUCAGAUGGACCCACAGCUUGCCCAGAAGUAUGAGGAUGAACUAAAGGUUGCACAGGAGACUGCAUUGCCAGAUGACGAUGAAGAGAUUUAAGUGUAGUCCUCCUAACUUUCCGGAUGAAUGUGACCAUGAGAAUGCAGUCCAUCAAAAGAACCAUUGUUGGGAAUGUAGUAACUGAUCCAUGUGGCUUAGAAGUCCUAUGUUUUGAAUAUCACUUUUUCUUCACUUUGAAUAUACUGGCAGAAGGCAAGAGUACAGAGUGAAUGUCUGGACUCGACAUUUUCCACAGUGGACAGCAACAUCUUUGUGAUGCACAUGAAAGUCUUCAAGAUCAUAGAUGGAUUGACAUUUUGCUUUCAAGAACUUGAAUGGUGUUGCUCUUUCCUUCACCCAUUGAUGAACACUACUUACUGCAUGUGCUUUGGCUAUAAAUCAUUGCAUUGAUUUACAAGUUCUGCUUUCAGUGUGAUGGGUUUGCACAUUGCUUUGGACUUCCUACUGUCUGUAAGUCAAAUUGACUUUACCAUGAACAAUGCAGAAUGUUAACAUGCAUCUCUUUCGGAUGAGUACGUUAACUGGUAAUAAAGUCUUGAAUCUUGUGCAGUUAA